AUGGGUGCCUGUAUGAGUUCGAACAAUGAGGAGGUGGAGCAGAAGAAGAAGAGCCAGGCCAUCGACAGACAGCUAGAGGAGGACUCUAAGAGGUUACGGAGAGAAUGCAAGAUUCUCCUACUUGGUUCUGGUGAAAGUGGCAAGUCGACUAUUGUCAAGCAGAUGAAGAUUAUUCAUUUGAAAGGCUACUCCGAAGACGAGCUUUACAACUACCGACCGACCGUCUUCAAAAACUUGGUGGAAUGCGCGAAAGCCGUCAUACAAGCAAUGCGACAGUUCGAUAUCGAACCCGUCGUCGAAGAAAAUAAGGCCUAUGCCACCUUUUUGAUGGAGUAUACUGCCGAGUCUGGACCUCAAGCACAUAUCGAUCCGCAAAUUGGCAUCGCCAUCCAAUCAAUAUGGAGCGAUCCGGCAAGGGAACAGCUUAUGGAAAGACAAACAGAAUUUUACUUGAUGGACUCUGCAGAGUACUUCUUCCAAGAGGUCAUGCGAAUUGUUGCACCCGAUUACCUGCCGAACGAGAUGGAUGUUCUUCGCGCAAGAACAAAGACUACCGGUAUCUAUGAGACGAGAUUCCAGAUGGGCCAGCUUAGUAUACAUAUGUUUGACGUCGGCGGUCAAAGAAGUGAAAGGAAAAAGUGGAUUCAUUGCUUCGAGAACGUCACGUCCAUCAUUUUUUGCGUUGCUUUGAGCGAGUACGAUCAGGUUUUGCUCGAAGAGAGCAGUCAAAACCGAAUGAUGGAAAGUUUGCUCCUAUUCGAUUCCGUAGUGAACUCAAGGUGGUUCAUGCGGACAAGUAUCAUUUUGUUCUUGAACAAGGUGGACAUUUUCAAGCAAAAACUAGGGCGCUCGCCGUUGGGCAACUACUUCCCGGACUAUUCGGGAGGCAACGAUGUCAACAAGGCAGCGAAAUACUUACUCUGGCGCUUUAACCAAGUGAACAGAGCCCAUCUCAAUCUAUAUCCCCACCUGACUCAAGCAACCGAUACUUCGAAUAUCCGACUAGUAUUCGCGGCAGUCAAAGAGACGAUCCUUAACAACGCUCUUCGAGACUCAGGAAUUCUAUGA